CGCUUCAAAAACCAACACGUACUAUUUCGUAAAUUGCUGAAAAAUGUACAGCAAGCAUACUACUACAAAACAUACACGUAGUAGUUCCAAGAUUACUUUACCUUGAUUCGCUCCUUUUUCAUCCACAAGUCAUCAUAUUUCAAUGUGUGAAUAAAUAUAAAUCAUAAAUUUUAACCCCUCUUUUAUAUCGCCAUAUUGGAUUGUCUCGUGACCAAAGGCAAAGCAGGACCAUAGUUGGCAGGACCAAAGUCAUGAUUUGUAAUUACUUAAUUUAUGGUAAUACUGGUCGCUGAUUGGCUAAGUUAACAGAUUCCUUUGACUUGAUCUUAGGAUUAUGAUGACACAACAAUAUUAGUCUAAUGAAAAAUGCUACUCUCAGCUCUCUAAAUUGAAUCUUAAUAUGAUGACACAGCAAUAUUAGCCUAAUGAAAAAUGCUGCUCCCAGCUCUCUAACAGACCUUUCUUUCAAUGACGUCAAACGCGAAAAAAACACCCGAUGUGAUGUCCCAGAAGACAAUCUUUAGUGACAAUUCGCAAUACAAAUGAUGUUUUUAUGAAAUUUAUUGGCUCGCCAACAACUCGCCUGUGAGGUUUUCCGCGUUUGAUGUCAUUAGAGUGCUUAGUCAUCACCCCAACAAUUACUACCUAAGCAAAUAUUACCAGUUAUUCAUUUGUUCUAAAUCUAUUAUAGGGAUUAGAAGCUUCAGUAUUUUGUUGACGUUAUAAGGCCUGAGAAUUGUAUCGCUAAAAAUCGUUUACUUUUUGGUAAAGAAACAUACGAACGACGAUGGACAGUCGUGUUGAUGAGACUGUUCAUAUGAUAUUCUUGUGUAAGUUUGUUAACAGCUCGUCCUCGGCUAACAAAAGGUACAAGGCACAAUUAUUAAAAGAUAUAAUAAUUGCUAUCUGUGCUAUGCUAAACAGCAAUGGUGGAAAAGUUGUGUUAUAUAACAAGUGCACAUGCCAGUUAUCCGGGAUUUCUUUGUUGAUUCGAGUUCUGGAACAGUCUCUGAUAUCUAUUAUUGGAUCAAACCAAACCAUCUCCAAAAUAAAUUUCAAAGAAGAUAUAGAAUGUAUGGUCAUUUUAGUCAAAAAGGCUGAUUACUUAGUGACAACUAAUUAUAAUAUUUAUUUGCCAAGUCAAUCACAAGUUGUACAAAUAUCUCCUUGGGAGCCACUGGAAAAAAUCAAGGACGAUAUCAUCAACAGAAGAGUCGUUCCAGAACCAGUCCAACUUGAUUCACAUUGUCGAAUAUUUCUUAAAGGUAAAAAUUGUGAUUUUCAUGAGAACAAAAUGGUUAUGUUUAAAAAUCUAAAAGCAGAUCAAUCAAAACGUACCAAACUAGCAGAUCGUAUGACUGGUAAAGGUAAUAAGUUCAGUUGCUAUGUGUCUGCUUUCGCCAACUAUAACGGAGGUCACAUGUACUUUGGUAUCAGAGACGAUGGGGUUGUUGAAGGCGAGGUGAUCCCAAACGAAGAUAUCAGUGAAAUAAUAAAGAAAGUUGAGAAAGCCAUCAACAAGAUGAUGUGGCCUGAGCAGAUUGGUCAACCAAAACGAGGGGAACACUGGGAAAUAUUCUUCGAGCCAGUGGUAGAUGAAAACUCCAAUGUUAUCCCAUCAACCUUUGUGAUCGUGAUCUAUAUUGCUCCUUGUCUGGGUGGUGUGUUCACUGAGGAACCAGAAUGUUAUGAAAUGGUAGAGGGCAAAAUUGAGAAGAUGUCGUUUGUUACUUGGAAGAAGAGAGAAUUGCAACUUGAUGGUGUAGAUAUUCCUGCGGCAGUACAACGGAUUGAGUGGAGCUCAUCUGCGACAGAACGUCACUGCACUAAGGCUCGUGAAGUUUUAAUGAUGGCCAUUAAUAAUGGCAAAUGGGAAAUAUUUUCAAAAUAUGCAAAGCCAUUUGAAGAUAAAUUUCCUGAAGUUGAGGUGAAGCUAAUGGUUUUAUCAAGAAGAGUGGUAGCGAGUUACCGGCAAGGUCGUCUUUACAAAGCACGUCUCCUGUUUGAUGAUUAUGAAAAACUUUUAUCGAAAGCAAACGAUCUCUUCAUUUUCGAAGUGAUUUAUUUGUGUUUGAAAGCAGCUUUAAAGGGUGCGGAAAAAAAAUUCGAAGCUGUUAGGGAAUUAUUGGAAAGUGCUUUGUUAAAGGGGAACCAAUUAACACCAGGGAUUGUUACAGCAGUGACAUUAUCAUGUGCGGCAAUGUAUCAAAACUCUGGACUAAAUGAGGAUGGUCCAUCGUCUGCUGAACUUUCUAGGAAGGUACUUGAACAUUUGAAGUAUGCACCAAGGUCUCAAGAACAAGUAGAUAUGGAACAUAAGGCGUACAUCUUUUUGGCAACAUUUCAUCUUGGAUAUGAUAUGUCAGGAAAGAUAAUCAAGAAGCAUGUGAAUCAAUCAAGUCUGGAAACAGCGAAGUCUAGCCUAAUGGCGUUAAAUAAGUCGGUAUGUAGUGGGUAUUCGCUCAGUCGAUACCGUGAAGUUCAGUUCAAUUUGGUAAAGUCGACCCUUUAUUAUCGGUAUGCCCAAGUUAAUCCAGAAAAAAACGAAGUAUUCCUAGAAGAAGCGUUUCAAUUCUCUAAGAAAGCUCAACAUCUUGCCAGAGCUUCUAACUUUGGUGAAAUGGUUACAUGGGCCAAUGUUAGUGUAGCUUUAUAUACUGAAAAAUUAGUCCUUGCAAGCUUGGGGAAAAUGGAUAGGGUAACGAAGAUAUAUGUACCGGUAAGUAAAAAGUAAGUGUUUGCCUGAUUGCAUAUGUUUUCUACGAGCAGAAAAGAGUAUACAUGCCUUCUGGUACCGACCAAUCUUGACAAUCAUAAAAUUGUUGACCUUUAAUUCGUUUUUAUUGAUAAAAAAGUUAAACUUAAAUUCAUUUUUUAAAAAUUGAAAGAUUAUAUUUCCUAAAAAUAUCUGCUGUUUAAUUCCUUUGCACACCACAGUUUAAUCCAGAUAAUUUUAUGCUCAUUGCAUGUUUGCAUGGCGGUAAAAUAUUUAUUUUCAUUUGUAGAAACACCACGUAUAUUUUUAAUAAUUGCAAGACUUUCCAUUUGUAAGGUCGGAUCUUGGUCAGUGCUGAUGUAGUAGCAGCCUAGAACCUAGGCCUUCACUCGACUACCUUUGGCAGGUUUGGUUAAUGUUGAACGACUAUAGCAUUAAUUUGGCAAGAAUGACAUCACAGGCAGUCCAGUCUUCGGAUGUAAAAAAACGAAUUACAAGGAUAAUGUGAAAGAAUUCCCCAUUCCAAAAUUCCGCCAGAUACCCUGGAUAUUUGAAAUGACGUGAAGAUCCUUGUUACGGAUCGAAAGCUUCUCAAUAAUGAAUAUACGUGGUGUUUCCACGAACCAAAAUAAAUAUUCUAGAUAAUUAAGCCAAAAUUGUCCUUGUUUAAGCGUUUGUAUUAUAGUUUGAAAUGAAAACAAACGGAAUGGGUUAGAAUAAAUAACAUAAUUAGAAAUAUCACAAUAGUUGUAAUUGUAGUAGUUUAUAGGUGGGUUUCAAACAAUCCCACGAGACUUUAACACAAGGAUAAUGGAGGUUCAAGAUUCAAAUGAGCACUGAACUCUCUGAAACUCUCAAAGUGACUGCAUGUGUCUAUAAUAACAUGGUCCUUCCAAAAGUAAAAACAGAACCUGUGUGGAAAUGUUCUUUAGCGUUCGCUGGACCAAGAAUUAACAAUCUUCUGAAUAUGAAAACUCAACAUUAACGUCUAAAAUUACUUGAAAUAGUGUUGACAUUUGCGAUUCUUAAUUAUAAGUGUUAAUUAGAUGAAUCACUAUUAGGGAUGGGCCAUUUGAAAAGGAAGGGGGCGGGGUAAGAACCGAAAAAUCCAUACAAGCAAAAUAUUUAAAAACAUACUACUCCGUGCCCCCCUUCACUUCUCCAAUGGUGCGUCCCUCACAUUAAAGGACUUGUUUUAAUGACUUUUGUGAAGCAAUGUCAGAUUCUUGGUUGAUAACAAUAAAAAUGUACUAUUGAACGAGCUAACCUCAUGUGUAAUAUCAAUAGUGUGUAAUACACACUUCCGAAAAGUACUCAGCCUUCUCUAUGCUUCGUUGUCGUGAGUUUACUACUCAUGUUACUCAUCAGGUAUAUUUGUCUCCCUCUAGUUUGAUCAAUAACCACUACCCUUAGAUACCAGUUUAUAAUAUCGGUCCAGCCUAGUUCCGGGCCUUCCCGCCCCUCCCCAAAAGCCUGAGCCUCCCUCAACCUGCAAACAUUGUCAAAAUACCACCCUAAAAUAGUAAGGCGGAAGCGAACAGGCGAGGAACCAGGAAACAUAAUAAAAAUCAACCUCGUACCGAGGGUCUUUCCUAUUGGGGAGAAAAGACCCAGGUAGACGCUGGUCACGUGAUCUGCUAUAAUCUAGCAGAUUUCUAAAAAACUAUCUUGGAUUCCUUUACGACAAUCAUACAAAAUGCAAAUUAUAAAUUUAAACUAUAAAAAUCACCCAAAUACAAAAUGUUUAUUAACCUCAUCUUGGAUUGCUAAUUAAAAUGAUAAAAAUCUGCUAGAUUUUAGCAGAUCACAUGACCAGCGUCUACCAGGGUCUUUUCUCCCCCAAAAGGAAAGACCCUGGAUAUGAGAUUGAAUUAAAGUUAGAAACCACUCAAUAAAAGGAUGACGAUUUGAAUGAUUAAUAUUUGCCUGUCUUUUGUUUGUCUGAGCUAAAUCCCCUUGUUAUAGAUACAGUACCCCAACGGCAUCACAGAUACUUAAAUUCAAAACAUAUAGUUACGAGAUUCGCUAUUUUCGGCUUUUUUUCAGCUCCACUUUUGAUUGGUUAACGUUUCCAUGCAUCUUUAAUUGAGGCUGUUUUCCACUUCAACCGUAUCAUAUCGUAACGUAUCGUAGGAUUUUCUUUUGUGUCAAAGUGAUUAUUUCCACCCUAAUACUCAGGGAACAAAGAAAUAUAUGCUUUGAUACGAUAGCGUUAAAGUGGAAAACGGCCUGUCAUAACUUUCAUAUUGGCGGAGAUACCUCUCCAGCGUGUUUUGAAGGGAAGUGGAAGUAGAGAAGUUGGGAACAUUUAUCCCAUAUGGAUAAAAAUACCUAAAUUUUACAUUGUCAUGAGAAACAAAAGUCUUUGUAAUAAA